CUUCAUCCUCAUCCCAACUGACUCUGGAUCAGAUUGUUCCUCUGACCCGCCGCUGACCUCAGCAGCCGCUAAUCCUGCUGCUUCUGCUGCAGCCGGCUGGGAUCUGAUUCCAGACCUGCAGCCCGCCUUCAGCAGCUGCUGCACAUCAUUUCAGCCUGGAAACCAUCACACCUUAACCGGUGGCCGCCAUCCCGCCACCGCCUGCCUGCACCAGGACCGGGCGCCGAGUGGCCGUCACACUAACACCAACAGUUAGCUUUACGUAAAGAAAAAACAGAGGAGUUACCAAAUAUUUAGUCUGACCUGUAGAUUUGAACUCAAUAUUCAGGUUGGAACUAAAUAUUUAGUUUGAUAACUAAGUGUUUAGUAUGAGGUUUACCUUUUAGCUUGCCAACUAGAUCUGUGGUUAAAUGUUUAAUUUGAAGUUAAAUUUGGAGCCAAAUAUUUUGUUUGUAAACCAACAUUUAGCUUCAACCUUAAUGUUUAGCUUUCUGACUAAAUAUUUAGUGUGAAGUUAAAGACUUAGCUUCCAAACUGCUAACAUCAACCGUUAGUUUGGAACUGUGAUAUUUAUAGUGAAUUAAUAACAUGGUGAAGACAGGACUUUAAAUAAUAAACUCCAUUUUUUACCCCUAAAUAACCCAAAUUAUGGAAGCAAAUUAUUGAUUGUGUAGUUUCUCAUCUUAAAAGCAGAAACAUGAAGGAUCUGAAAAUAAAUAUUUAGGCUGAAAUACAGAAAUUAUGACAAUGUGGGGAAAAAAUAAAUAUAUUUAAAUAAAACAUCUGAAUAAAGACAUAUUUGUUACAUAUUUAAAUACGGCAAGAUAAUGAACAACUUUCCCUCAUAAUGUUUUACAUUCAGAUAAGACAGAAUAUAUAUAUAAAAAUAUAAAACAUGUAUUUUGCCACAUUGUGGCACCUAGAGUAAGUAUUUAUUGCAGAGUAUUUGUCUUUAUGUGGCACAGAUAAUGAUCCAUCCCAUUCUCAGGUCUGAUCUCAGAUGAAGAGGCGCCUGAGUCAAAGUUGUCCGGUGGGUGUGUAAAUAUUAUUACACCAACAUACAACAUUUUAAUCAUCUCAACGGGCGUUUAAAUACUGCUUCCGGUUGGUUUCCAAAGUAAAAUGUAUUUAAAAGUUUAAUGCUUCAACAUUUUUCCAUAACAUUAGUUAAAAAAAUAAACGACAUUUUGCGUUAAAUUUCUAAAACAGAUUAAAAACUUGUUUAAUGCUGCUCAGGGGCUGAAAACAGAUUUAGUAAAGUGUGUGUUGCUCUUAUUUUGAUGGGUAACGUUCAGCAUGUCCGGUGUGUGGCGCGUAGCUUCACUCAGCGGGAUGACGUCUUCGUUAGCUCCCGGUAUUAACACGGGUGUUCCGGUGUCCUAUUAUGAGUCGCCUUCACUGAUUUUAAUUCGUACAGAAAGAAGUUCGUGAGUCCGGACGGAGCUACCAGCCUGAAACCGAACCGGUUCUGUUGGUCCUUUCCGCAGUUCCUCCCAGAAAGCUGCAGUUUUACCAGAAACUACGCAGUUCGGGAACAGGGCGGGAGUCCCGCCGCAUUAACGGGACCGAUAAACGGUCCCGCUGGUAGUCCGGAGCCCUGACCCGCUCGGUUCGGUCUUAUCGGGCUCUCACUGGGAACAGAGGCGCCAUGGAGUCCUGGUGGAGCCUUUCCCGGAGCUCCGACACCGGGAGGUAACCGGAGCGGGACAGGAGAGCCUCGCACGGCGGACAGCGGCAACCUGUUGCCGGUUUCCGGUGACACAGAGAGGAUGAGCGGCGCCGCCGGACCGCCGCUGCCGCUGGUGCUGCUGCUGCUGGGCGGCCGUGCGGCGUUCAUGGUCUGCCGGUCCCUGAACGCACCGCAGGACGGAGCGGUUCUGUCUGCGGAGGUCCAGAUGGACGCAGCUCUGACCGGUGCGGACAGACAGAGGCGUCCCUUCCUGGAGAAAACUCGUCCCUUCGUCCUGGUGGACGGACAGAGACGGAGUCUGGCUGAAGCUGUGCAGGACGGCCAUCCCGACAGGCUGCUGUGUGAGCUGGAGGUGGGAGGACAGCGCCUCCUGCUGGACCUGGAGAAGAACCACAACCUGCUGCCCAGACCGCCCAACAUCUUCUUCUACCUCCCCAACGGAACCGGAGUGUCUGUGCCGGCCGAGCCUGUGGUGAGUCAGAAGCUUCUCUGGUUUCCCAACAUCGAUCCGGUUCUGCUGACACUGCAGAAAUCUGCUGACUCAUCCACUCCGUCUCUUCUUCUUCUGUGGUUGAAUACUUUGAUCAACGGCGUUCUUUCCUGCAGCGGCGUAAUUGUCCUCAACUCCUCCGUGACCUUGGAGCUGCAGCCAGAGGUCAGGGAGCGGCUGGAGGAGCCGGGAGGAGCAGAGGAGGAAGACGUCCACCUGCUGUUCUCUGCCGGUCCUCUGGAGGGCGCCGCCGCGGUGGGCUGUGCCGUGCAGCACACGCCCGGUCCUCCGUCCUCCAGCCGCAGCGCCGGCCAGCGGACCAAGAGAGAUAUCCUGUCUGAGACCAAACACGUGGAGCUGGUGCUGGUGGCGGACCAUCAGGAGUUCCUGAACUACCAGAGGAGCAACCAGACCAUCGUGUACCGGCUGCUGGACGUGGCCAACCAGGUGGACUGGUUCUACCGGCCGCUGAAGGUCCGGGUGGCGCUGACGGGCCUGGAGGUCUGGAGCGACCGCGAUAAGAUCCGGGUGGAGAGGAGCGCCAGCGACACGCUCAACAACUUCCUGGAGUGGAGGAGCAGAGAGCUGCUGCCACGCCUUCGCCAUGACAACGCCCAGCUCAUCAUGCCCUCAACCUUGUGCUUCUCAUCCGUCAACAAACAGGGAAAUAAAUAUGGGAACUGCGGUCAGCUGGCCAACGGCUCCUACAUCCCCUGUGCCAACCGAGACGUUCUGUGCGGCAGGAUCCAGUGUCAGGGCGGGACGGAGCGCCCCCUGUUGGGCAGCAUCGCCCAGAUCCUGACCGUUCGCUUCAACCACAGCGACCUGGUCUGCAGAGGGACGUUCUUCCACCUGGACGACGACGUGUCCGACCCGGCCACCGUGGCCCAGGGCACCGCCUGCGGGCCCGGCAAGGCUUGUUUGAAUCAGAAAUGUGAGGAUGCGUCCGUGUUCGGCGUGGAAGAAUGUCGCAGGAAGUGCAGCGGUCACGGAGUGUGUAACAGCAACAGGAAGUGCCACUGCGACGCCGGCUGGGCUCCUCCUGACUGCAGGUCCUCUGGACGCGGCGGCAGCGUCGACAGCGGCCCGGCCGCCGCCGCUGCAGAGUCCGAUCCGGUCCGGGUCGCCCUGCUGCUCAUCUUCUUCUUCAUCCUGCCCGUGGUGCUCCUCUUCCUCGCUYUGCGCUUCUCCCGUUUCCGGCGGAUGGUCUGCUGCCUCGGACCCAACAGCCCGUUUCACAAGGCCCGGCAGCACAACCGGACGCCGGCGACGGAGCGAGUAGACGGCCGCAACGGAGAGCAGGUCCGACCGCUGCGAUACCACCUGAACCCGCAGUCCGACGUCGCGCUGGCGCCGCCCCACAAAGAGGUUCAUGACAGGCCUGCUCCUCCCACUAAGCCCCUCCCCCCUGACCCYGCCCUAACACCCCCGCAGCAGCUGGUUAAAGCGAGACCAGCUGCCCCCACCAAGCCUCUGCCCCCCGACCCUGUCGCCCCCGGCAACCAGCCGCCGGCGAGCCGACCGGCCCCGCCCAACAAGCCCCUCCCCCCUGACCCACCUGCACAGGUUUCUGUUCCACUAAAGCCCAUCGUACCCAAGAAGCCCCGCCCACCGGCUCCGCCCACUCAGCCUUUCCACCAAUUAGAGAGCAGCUACGCCGCCAGCACCAAGCCGGCUGCGCAGGACGCUGUGGCGCCUGCAGCCGGUUCUCACAGACGACCUCCUCUUCGUCCAAGUCGGCCGCCGGUUCCACCAAAGUUCGAGUCGUCGCCGCCGCUUUAACCCCAGAGGCGCCGAGCUGCUGCUGGACGGAGCGGCCGAAGGUGAUGAUGAAGGUGAUGAUGAAGAUGACUUCCUGUCGUCGGAUCCGGUCCUGCAGAAACUGGAAACCGACUGCAUCUCGGUGCCUUGCUCAGCAGCCUCACACUAACAUUCAGGACCCAAACCUGCUGCUGGGGGCCUUGUAGCGCCCCCUGCUGGCACCACAGGAUUCUGUGCCUUGCUCAUGGACACACUGGACAGAAGUCAAAGCUGGGGUCAAAGUUCAGACGGUAGAGUUGGAGGAUCAACGCAGUGUCUGAUUGGACGGAGGAGGAACCAAUCAGAUUCUUUAUUUCCCCUUGAACUUGGAUUAAACCCGGAGAAAAACGAAUCUGAAGAUGUUUUCAGUCCAACAUUCACAAAUGUUUCAAGCUCAAGUUUUAUACAAAAUGUUCUGAUGUGAGAAGAAUCAUUGCAGUCGAUUCGUUUAGGAAUAAAAUAUCCAACAUCA